GUGCAGACCCAGAUUCGGCUGUGGACCAAGUGUCACUGUCAGAGCAGCAAGGGGUGGUGGAUGUGGCAGGCAAGGAUGAGGGGAUGAGUGAUGGUGACAGUGAUAGUGAUGGUGCGGUUGAUCAUAGUUCUGAACCAGAAAAACAGGACAAGACUGAAGUGGAAAACCAUGAUAAUUUAGUAUUAUUGAAGGUAAGUCAGGAAUUAGACAGCAAUGAUGGUUCAUCAUCAGUUGUAACUCAUUUGACUUACGUGAAUCAGGAGUUAAAUCAAGCUAUUGAGAAUGUUACUGAACAUAGAGCAGAGUUUAAGGAAUUUGUUAGUGAUGAUCAUAUUUAUGAAGAAAUUGAUGUUGCUCAAACUGUACAGCUUGGAAAUUAUGAUGAUUCAUUGCCUUUAUAUGAGAACCUAGCAUCCUUUGAAGUACCUGACUGUUUUGGUAGUGAUGUCAAGGAGGAAAACUUUACUGUUCAUAGCGAAGAAAAACUAGAUUUUAAUAUUGAAAUAACAGAAACCUUUAAUAAUUUUAUAUAUUUUAAUAUUACAGAAGAAAAUGAAGCCUACUCAAAUGUGAAUCAAAGUGUUGAUCAUCUAAAUGUAAUGAAACACUUUACAGAGCAGUAUAAUAAAAAAGAGACUGAAAACAUAGAUAAACAAAAUAAUGAUGAUUUUGAAAUAAAAUUAAUCUCUGCAGCGUCUGAUACAAAUAACAACAAAUCUUCUGCAAAUUUGGAUGUAGAAUAUGAAGAAAAUGAAACGUUGAAAAACGUUAAUGUAUUCAAACAGCUUUCUUUGGAUCCUUUUAAAGUAAAGGAUGAACUAAAUGAUCUAGAUAAAGUAUUAGAUAAACACCAUGAGACCUGCAUGGCUCAACAAUUGACUGAAAGUGAAGCUAAUUUUGAUGAAAUUACAAAAAAUGAAAAAGGAAAUGAACUGAUCCUAAUAAAUUUUGGGAAUUAUGAAGAUGAAAUUAUAAAACAUAAAAUUGUGGUAUCUGAAGAGUCCAUCAUAAACAAAAGUGACAAUGAUAUGCUUGGUGCUUUUGUCAGUGAAAUAAUUGAUCACCCUAAAACUGAAAAACAAACUGAGGAAAUAGACGACACUAAAAAACGUUUGUCACUGAUUGAAAAUCCAUUUAGAAGAAAAAAUAGCCUUUACUUGAAAAAACAUGAAAAAGAAGGUAGAAGCAGAAGUGUCUCACCAGUUCCCAAAAGGUACAGAAAGGUUUCAAAUCAGGUUCCAAAGAAUCCAUUGUUGUUAAAAGAUGAAUCAGUUCAGGAUACAAAGGAUGAUACUAUUGAAUUGCCAGCAGUACAUUCAAAGCCUCUUGAUUACAUGAAAACAGAAGAUUUAACACUUUCAGUGAAGCAUGUAGAAGCUAUAAAUCCAACUGUCAAUACAGUUUACCAAACACCAAACCAGAAAGUUAGCUAUAUUGUAGAAGACGAUGAUGAUGAAAGUUCUGCUAACAUCGGUCUUCUAGCAGCAUUUAAAUCAGCAUUCAGUAGGAAAGGGAGGUCAGUAAGGACCACAAGUGGAGGCAGCACAAGUGAAGAUGACAUUCCAUCAGUUCAUAAACAUAAACCAGCAAAAGUAGAUAUAAAAGAUAAGAAAAUUAAGUAUGAGCCAAUAAUAACAAAGAAGAGAACAUUCAGUUCAUCAAGCACAGAUGAUGAAUUUGGUCAUAAUACCAAAGUUGAUCCAGGAUCAAGUGUUGAUGAAAUCUUAGAAAAUGAAGAUGUUUUCACAAACUCAGCUGUUCUCGCAGCAUAUGCUGCACAGAGACGUCGCUCCUCAACCAGUAGCUUGAAGAAUUUUUUUACUCGUGGAAGGAAACGAAGUACAAGUAGUGGAAGUGAUAGCACAUUCUUCGAAAGCGCUUCUAGAGAGCGCAUGAAUUCUCAAAGCAGUGUCAUUCUUAAAUUGACGGAGAAGGAUGUGUUUAACCAUGACAUUAUUGAAGGAUUUAUUAGACCUAUUAAACUUCCUCCACUGAAGCAAAGAACACUAAGUACCGGGGAUGAAGAUAUCUCGCCUUCUGCUUCCAAUUCUGUAGUUACCAAACAUCAGAGAUCAAGAUCUCAUGGACAGUUGGGGACUAUCACUCCAAUUGUAGCAAGAAAAAUUAGUACAGCAAACGAGCCUUGGAUAGGAGCUUGGGAUAACACCAUACUAAAAAUUGUUGAGCCAACGGACACGCUGGCAUCGGUGGCCGCUCACUUUGACAUCACACCGUCAGAGUUGGCCAUCCUGAACCGGCUGCCAUCCCGCACUGUGUUCCCAGGUCAGGUGAUCCGUGUGCCGGACAAGCGACGACGUGAUGGCACGGACUCAGAGGAUAAAGAGAACAAGCAGGACAAUCCAGAGGGCACUGGGGACACUGCCAAUGAUGACAAGAAUGAAGUUUGUGAUGAUGAAAUGGACAUGCUAGAAAAGCUGAGGCUAACAUCCCCCAAGCCUGGACAUGCGGAGAGAGUACGCACCCCUCUGUCCCCCACCCCUGAUCCGUCACACCAACGGUUCCUCAAAAUCAACGUGCGGCACAUCACCGACGGACAGGGGGUUGUGAGUGGGGUGUUGCUUGUGACAUCCAACGCAGUCAUGUUUGACCCCAACGUCUCUGACCCUCUGGUGAUAGAACACGGACCAGAGUCAUACGGGGUCAUUGCUCCCAUGGAGUAUGUGGUCAAUGUUGCCAUCUACCACGAUAUCGCCCACAUGCGAGUCGGUUCACAUGACCAGUUCAGACCGGACUGGCCUAAACCAGAAGUGUACUAUCUAAAGGAGCCAUUCCCUGGAGGAGAGGAGACAGAGGGAGAAGGUAGUAGUGGGACACUGCUGACUACUAAUCAGGGCGACUCUAUGGACAGUGGAGAUCCUCACCACUCUCCCUCUGCCAGGGAAGACUCCCUACUAGCGAAGGAUGAGACAUUUCCAGAGCUUAGAUCAUCAACCGAGGAUGAGGAAGAAGAAGAGAAUGGUAGCCUAUGUUCAUGUAGUGUGCCGAGAGAAGGAGAUGCUUUCCCCAAGGCAUUUGACCGCGAACUAGUCACACCAACAAACCUCACAACACACAGUGAAAAACAGGAGACUGAGAGUGAGGCUCCAGCACCCAAACUGGAGGGAGCAGCCUUGAUCAGGUCCCUGGAGGAGAGGAGGAAGUCCUCGCUGGACCAUCACUGGGCAGUUCCUAGCAAAGUUCGGUCCCUAGAGGAGCAGAGUGCUAGUGUCUCUGAUACUCAGGUUAUGGACAACAACCGGCGGAACAGUGAAGGACUGCUGGUAAAGCUUUCCUGUCACGACUCAGGUAUUGACAUCCGAGAUGAGCCGCCUGUGGUACCGCAGCUCCCACGCAAGUCUGUGUACUCAGAUGCAGACGUGCUGCUGGGAGAUGACUUCGUGCCACCAGUACCCAUCCAGCCACUGGAUGUAGAUCGCCGCAAGAAAACCUCCUCAGUCAGCUUCAGCCUGGAUGAUACCAAGGAAGGCGAGGAGGAGCCGGUGCCGCUACGGGAAAAGGAUGACUCAGAGAAAGAGACUAAGAAAAAUAAGAUGCUAAAGCGACUAUCGUAUCCCCUCUCCUGGAUGGAGGGGUUGUCUGGGGACAAAGACGAGAAGGAGAGUUCACUGCCCUCAUCUGCUGAGUCUCCCCACCCUUCCUCCCACUCUUCUAGCGUCUUCUCCAAAGUGUUCUCCAGCUCACCCAUUAAUAUGGUGACGGAUUUUAGUUCUGGACUUUUUAUGAAGACCCCCAGUGAGGAUGGGGGGCGUUUCCCCUUUCCCCCCACCCCAGAACCUCCCCCCACUCCUGCCUCCGCAGACUCUACCAAACCACAAGGUCUUGCGAGCUUCUCGCCCUCCAAUAUCAUAACUAGCGUAGGACGAUCAUCAGUGGGUACCUUUAUCCGUCAGCAACACCAUUCCUCUCCCUCCAACUCUUCCAAAGACAAAAAUGCUGCUCCUAAGCUGGACUACCGAAGCAUGGUGUCUGUGGAAGACAUGCCAGAACUAUUUGUCUCAUUCGAUAAACUGAUACCGCGCCCAGCGCAGUCGUGUGACGACCCUCCCCUCUACCUCCGACUGAGAAUGGGCAAGCCCAAAGACAAGAAAAUACCAAAGUCCACCCCUAUCAUGUCCUACGGCAAGAAGAAAAUGAGACCAGAGUACUGGUUUAGUGUGCCACGAGAAAGAGUGGAUGACCUGUACCGCUUCCUGAUGGUAUGGGUGCCACAUCUGUAUGGAGACCUGAACGAGUCUACAGUCGCAGACCGAGGCUAUGAGUUGGUAGACUCGGAUACUGAACUGUGGGAGACCGAGGAAGGAGGCAAACAUGAUGGCCGCCGCGGCAGCGAUGAUGAAUUAGGGGAACUUACUCGAGAAUCUUGGGAGGUUCUCAAGGCUCCAUACUGUAAGCUCUACACUAUUCUCAAGACUCAGGCGCAGAUGGGUUCCACCGAGUCGGGUGAUGAGGUGCUGUCUAUGAGUGAGGAGCUACGACGGGCCCUCUAUGCAAGCAGUGCUGCCUCUUUAGACCUCGAACUCUGUGUUCCUGACCUCAACGGAGUCACUGAGAUUCUCUCUGAGGAUCACCGCAAGCAGCUAUGCAGACAUCUACCUGCCAGAGCUGAAGGAUAUGUUUGGACACUGGUGUUCAGCACCUCGCAGCAUGGCUUCUCCCUCAACUCUAUGUACCGCAAGAUGACAAGGAUAGAGAGUCCCAUCCUCAUGGUCAUUCAAGACACCGAAAACAAUGUGUUUGGUGCUCUAACAUCAUGUGCUCUCAAGAUGUCGGACCACUUCUAUGGCACCGGGGAGUCAUUGUUGUUCAGGUUCACACCAGAGAUCCAGGUGUACAACUGGACAGGCGACAACAUGUAUUUCAUCAAGGGCAACAACGAGUCCCUAUCGAUAGGAGCUGGAGAUGGCAAGUUUGGCCUGUGGCUGGAUGGAGACCUAUAUCAGGGCCGGACCGAGCCUUGCAACACCUACGGCAACGAUCCGUUAACGCCCUCAGUAGACUUUGUGGUGAAAACACUAGAAUGUUGGGCGUUCAUCUAACGUGUUGUGUACAGUUACCUAUUGUUACCGUUGCUUCAUGAUCUGCGUACAUUUACAUUUGUUGUAUUAUUUAUUAUUAUAGACAAUUUAGUUAUUGAUGAUGAUGAUGAUGAAUGAUUACGUAGGUUAGGUCCUAGCUGAAUAGCCAUCAGUCAAUUCAUAUAAUAUAGGAUAUAAAUAUAUAGUUAGAGUUUACUGUUAUCUUAAUAUAGGAUGUAUAUUUUUGUCAGAUAGUUGUAGGCCGGCCAAAUCGUGUGUUGUAUUGACAUAUUGAGAUUGUGUGCUAGCACAUUUGGAGAGAAUUCUUUAAAAAUUUAAGUUUAUUUCACCGAACAACAUUGAGUUAACACCAAGUUUUGGGUUAAGUAAUCCGCCACAUUUAUUUUGACACAAAUCGUACAAGUAAAUUAGCAUUCAAUGUGAAAUGUUUCUUCGUAUUGUUAGUUUGACAUUUAUUUCUAUGUGAUUAAAAUCAACCAGAUGUUAAAUAAAAAAGUUGGUUGUCUGGUAUAGUUUGAUUUUGUUGUACGAUAUCUGUAAUAGUAAGACUUUGCUCACAAUUAAUUUCUACUCCUCCGUUUUGAUUUUUAACUUUUCAGAUUGUUAUUUGUCUUGUGUCUGCAUAUGAAAGUACAUUAGGUUCCAGCCAGACACAUAGUGAGUUUACUAUGGCCUUAUGUCUGGAUGUCGUGUUUAGACAGGCGAUGUGACUGGUUGGAACCCCAGAGAACUGAUUAGUGUAAAGACGUUACCGGUUGGCCGCAUGUACAUAGUUGCGUUGCUCUUACUAGUCAUUGCGUUAUGGUGAAGAUAUUUUUUUAAGGGUUUGAAAUGUGACUCGAGAUCUGUAUUAUUUAUAGUGGGUUAUAUUAACGGUAUAUGCCAAAAUAGAUUGUACAUGCCAUCUGUUAGAGUUUAGUUGUAUGAGUGUCGUACCCACCAGUUUCUCGUGUGUUACAUUUUCGUAGGGGGGAUAUUUUAGUGUUGAAAUUUGUAAUUUAUUUUAAAACUUUGCGAAACCUAGUUUGCGCUUUUAUUGGGACCCUGUUGAUAUCCAGGCUUGUCCACUAAUUGUUUGCAAUACUCUUCUCAUUAACUGUUCUUAUGUAAUACUAUUUUGUAUUAAAACCAUUUAAAAAAAUGA